CUGGCUUACUCGAGCAUGGUGUCCUGGCUGUCUCUGGUGGUAGUUGAUAGUACAGUCAACACUGGUGUCUAAAGCAACAUCUGUGGAGCAAAACUUUAUGUCCAGUGAGUGUUUGUUGGCUGUAUCACUGAACUUGUCAGGGAGAAACACACUAAUUUGCUAAAUCUGGUGAGACACGGAACCUCAUGUUGUGCACACACCACCAUCUUGGUCAAAAAUGUCUGGCCAUUUGUGUGUUAAGAAAGACUUUGCCUAGGCAAAAUUGUUUGCAUGACACUGUUGGCUCAGUUCAAAUCUUGGUACCACCAAGAUGUCAUUUUGGGCCUUUUGAGCAUAACCUAUAACCUUAUUUUGCUCAGUGGCAUUGUAAGACACAUUAGAUAAAACCAUCUGCCAAAGUUAAUAUCUUCAUAACUAAAUAAAAAGUCCAGUCUCCACUAGUAUGAGACACUCAACAUGACAUGUAAAACACGCACAGACAAGUAGAAAAGCCUGGACAAGUUUACCUCCUAAAACCUCUAUAUUUUAAUGAUCACUGAAUAUGCUGUUAUUGUUGUUAGGACAAAAAUCCAUGUCUUAAAUUUGUGUUACACAGCUUUAAAACAUUUCUUACAAAACAGAUGUAUUUCUUACCAGAAUAAGAAAAAUCAGGAGUCUGGAGAUCUCAAAGAGUCUUCCAUUGAUAGCCUUGCUAGCUAGCACACUGUAGCAGAUAUUGUUCCCACACAGGAUGAGCAGAUGUGCCACGUUCUCCAUAUGCCAUGGCUGUGGCAUUACCAUGAUCUCAUUUAUGAUGGCAAGAACUGUGUUAGUGCUCCAGCUUUUGUUAUCUGUGUUUCCAUAGAGGAGCAUGAUUGCCUUGGCCAAAUCCCACAGAGCACCAUGCACAACUGCAUCAUCCCGCACAUCCUGCCAGCCUAGCUUCCCAAGAUUUUGAAAUAUUACCAUCUGACUGCAGUGGGCCGAAGAGGAUAAAUAGUAGACGAGCUUGGCUGAUGAUUGGCCAGGGUCUGAAGAUGCAUGUAAGCCUGAAAUAAGCAUCCCUUCUGUUUUUCCACUGAUCAAACAUGACACCUUGUAGUAAGAAUGUGAAACAGCCAAUCCUCUGGGUUGCUUGUAACAGCUACCUCUAUUUUCCACGGAAGAUGUGUGGUUUUACACAAAAAGUUAAAUACACGGUGACAUUCCAGCUCAUCCCAACCAGCUAUCAGCGUCUGUGAAAAGGUGUUAUAAAUAAACUUCAGUCUUUCGUUGGUUGGUAGUAACAGAGUGCAUCUCUUGAACAGUAAACCAAGGGAUCUGAAACGAUCAAGUAUUGUGUUCAAGUCUUCAGCUUUGGAUGAUGUGCAGUGAAUCUUCUGCAAAAUCAUCUGGUUCCUCCAGGCCAAAGUGGACAGGUGCCUCACUAUGCAGUUAUUGAUGCUUUUUGAUACCAUGCUGAAAACACUGGCUUCUACUGCUAGAAAAAAAAUAUGGAAAGUUUUAAUUUCUGCAGAUUUGGUCCUCCAUACUUGAAAAAUGAUUUUUUAGCUGACAGGUAGUCUAAUAUUAAGUCAACCACCUCAGCUGGCAGCUUCUGGAAGAAUCCGACUGGACAUCCGUUGGCUUUUAGUGUUACUGCAGUAACGUUUAACGGCACAUUGGCGCCGUCUAGAGCUUCUACGCACUGUAGAAGUUAUAGAAGUUGAGGUUUUGUGGUUAGUUACUGUUCCUACCCACAUGAGGACAAAACACCUGAGGUUUAUCACUUGAGUCACUUUGACAUGCAGUCAGUAAUGGAUAAGAUUGACUGAACACAGACUUGGCAGGGAACUGAACUUUUAACAGUUUUAACAUUUUUUCAAUUAACUUCACUAAACUUUACACAGCAGUGAUGGGAAUUAUGGCACAACAGUUCCUAGGCUUCUUCCUGGGUCUCCUGGGCCUGGUCGGCACUCUGACUUCAACGGUGCUUCCUCACUGGCGCCAAACAGCUUAUUUUAGCACCAAUUUUCUCACCGCAUCAUACUAUAUGAAAGGUCUAUGGAUGGAGUGUGUUAGCCACACAGCUGGCAUUUAUCAGUGUGAAUUCCAUCGAUCAAUGCUUUCUCUACCCAAAGAUCUGCUGGCUGCUCGGAUUUUAAUGGUACUGUCCAGCACCACCUCGAUUUUAGCCGCUAUAGUUUCAGCUGUGGGCAUGAAAUGUACCCGCUGCGUCCAACAGUCCCAUGCCAAGGGCUCCAUAGCUGUGAGUGGAGGUUCAUGCUUUGUCCUGGCUGGCCUUUUCUGCCUUAUCACAACAUCCUGGACAACCUGUGAUGUCAUAAAAGAUGCUUAUGAUCUCUUUUCUACUGUUGGGAUGAAAUAUGAGAUCGGCCUGGCUGUGUACAUCUCUUUCUCAUCAGCUAUUUUCAGUAUUUGUGGAGGUGGGAUGCUCUGUGUGGCAUCAUGGGAUGUAAGAAAUUAUGUAAGCCACAAAGUGGCAGACCCACAGGUACCAAGCCCAAAUAAACUACAGCAUCCUGCAGCCUGUCAAGCAAAUGCUGCCUUUGAAAGUGAUCAUUCAUCAUCACCAACUUUUUCCUUAAUCAGUGAAUAUAGGUUAAGUGAUAGCAUUAGCGAAAGUAGUAUUAAAAGUAAAACUUGAAGUAAAAGUACAGUUAAAAGUGAAAAGUUCUGGCAAAAUUAAACACCACUCAGUAAUACUAUUUUUUGAGUGAAAGGGCAGUGAAUAUGGACAUAUCUGCAAGGCCAUAUGCUUUAUACUUUAACCAAAACUUGAAAUUGCAAAAUAUAGUUUAAUAAAAUGUUAACACUUUGG